AUGUCUUCUCCAAUAGCCGCGAACUUUAACUUGUUAAGUUCUCGCGACGAUACUUCAAUAAAAAAUGUAUGGAAUUACAAUUUGUAUGAGGAAUUUCAUGUUAUUCGGCAGAUUGUUCAGAAAUAUCACUGGGUGGCAAUGGAUACUGAAUUCCCUGGUGUCGUGGCAAGACCAAUAGGUGAAUUUAGGUCCACUGCAGAUUAUCAGUAUCAAUUAUUGAGAUGUAAUGUAGAUCUUUUGAGGAUUAUUCAAUUAGGGCUAACAUUUAUGGAUGAAAAUGGUAAAACUGCUCCUGGAUGUUCUACUUGGCAAUUUAAUUUUAAAUUCAAUCUGCAAUCUAUUGUUGCCAGGGAAGAUAUGUAUGCCCAAGACUCAAUUGAUCUUUUACAAAAUUCUGGGCUUAAGUUUAGAGAACAUGAAGAUCAUGGUAUUGAACCAUUAGAAUUCGCUGAACUACUGAUGUCUUCAGGAAUUGUUCUUAUGGAUAACAUUAAAUGGUUGAGCUUUCAUUCCGGUUAUGACUUUGGUUAUUUAUUGAAACUUCUGACUGAUCGUAAUCUACCUCAAGAAGAGAAUGACUUUUUUGAAAGCUUACGAUUAUAUUUUCCAACAGUUUAUGACGUUAAAUAUCUAAUGAAACUGUGCAAGAACUUAAAAGGUGGUCUGCAAGAGGUGGCCGAUCAAUUGGAGCUUAGAAGGGUUGGGCCUCAGCAUCAAGCCGGAUCUGACUCUCUUCUCACUGGAAUGGCUUUUUUUAAGAUAAAAGAGAUUUUCUUUGAUGGCAACAUUGAAAGUACCAGCGGACAUUUAUAUGGCUUAGGUGCACCGUUUUCAACUAAUGCAAAUAAUUUCCAAGAGAAUGGGGAAAAUGGUUCCUGA